AUGCACAUUAAACGUCAUGGAAACAUAUCAUGGAUUGCGAACCCAGACUCACCUAUUUCAUCCUCCUCUUCCCCACUUCUUACCUUGGACACCAAUAACACGCUGAAAAUUACUCACCAAGGUGGCGAUCCUUUUGUCAUUUCCAGUGCUCCACAAUCUAAUGACACUAGUACUAGUGUUGUGGCUACCCUUUUGGAUUUGGGCAACUUCGUCCUGCAAGAAGUGAGCUCAGUCAACAGAUCAAUGAUCCGGCUUUUUUGGCAAAGUUUUGAUCAUCCACUAGACACAUUUUUACCAGGCAUGAAAUUGGGUGUUGACCAUAAAAGUGGCCACAUUUGGUCUCUUUUAUCGCGUGGAUCUCCGGACAACUUGAUGUCCCCAGGGCCUUUCAGCCUCGAUUGGGACCCCAAUGGACACCAACUGAAAAUAAAGAAAGAUGGGGUGGUUUAUUGGACUAGCGGGGUAUUUUCUGAUGGGAUAUUUGAAUUUAUUUUGCCUGAUGUGUCCAACAAGAGGUACAAUUUUAGCAUUGUGUUUCAAAUCAAAAUGAAGACUACGUCACUUACAUUAGUAAAAAUGAUCCAAGUGAUCCUGAGCCAGAAUGGAUUCUAUCCUCCGGAGGGAAUCUUAGAGACAAUGGGGGCAUGGGAUGAUGAUUAUAUUAUAGAAGUACAGAACUGUGAUGGUUUUAACAUUGUUGGCGGGUGCGUGAAGUCUUGUCUUCAUCUUAUGCGCCACUUAUGUGCAGACUUCUCACCAACCAAGUUAUCAUCAUUUCAGAGAACAAGUCCGUGGACUUUCUACAAACACAUCGUGCCAAGUUUACUAGCGUGA